AUGGCAUAUCACCCACAAACUAGUGGCCAAGUAGAGGUCUCUAAUUGUGAAAUUAAGCAGAUAUUACAGAAGAUGGUUAAUGGCCGGUGUAAGGAUUGGUCGGAAAAGUUGGAUGAUACACUGUGGGAGUAUAGGAAAGCCUAUAAGAUGCCCAUUAGAACCUCUCUGUAUCGCUUGGUAUAUGGAAUAGCUUGCCACUUGCCUGUGGAACUUGAGCAUCAAGCUUAUUGGGCAGUGAAUAAAUUAAAUUUUGAUAUAAAGGUUGUGGGUGAAAAAAAAUUAUUGAAAUUGCAUGAACUUGAAGAGUUUCGUCUCCAUGCUUAUGAGAAUGGAAAAUUAAAACUGAGGUCUAAAUGGUCUAGGUCAUUUGGUGUAUGGAGAAUGACAUCUCAUGAAGCUGUCGAAUUGUGGAACAAGGAUAAUACUGACAAAUUUGUAGUUAAUGGAUAG